AUGUCUGCAAUUCUUGUCCGUUCAACUUUUGCCCAGAAUAUAUUACCGGAAAGAAGUUUGAGCCAGACCAUCAAAGCUCUUGCAUCAAGCAGAUUGCUUAUAAUGGGGCUUGGAGCCCUCCUUGUUCAUAAGACUGUAGAAUAG